CGCAGCCUCGGGCCUCCAAGUUUCAGUUUCGUUUUCCCGGAGAACCCUCCCUGUUCUCGGCAGAGCCGCUCCCCUUCCUCUCUUUGCUGCGCUCCCUGCCGCGAAGUGGGCCACCAUAUUUGGGAACGACAGUCUACGCUUGGAAACACAAAACAGAAUAUAAACAUUUAAAGACCCCAGGGACCUGAAGGAUGGACUCUAUCAAGGGUGCUGGAGCAGCAGCUUCCAAUGACAAAUCAGAGACUGACAUCCUUGAAGAAAACUAUACUUGGCAAAUUCCCAUUAGUCACGAUGACUUCCAAAUUUUAAAAAAUAAUGAGAGUCAGCUCUGUGAAGUCCUUCAGAAUAAAUUUUGCUGUAUUUCUACCCUGGUCUCUCCAGCCCGUGAAGGUAACAAGGAGUCUCUGCAAGUCUUCAGAAAAAUGCUGACUCAUGGGCUAGAGUUAUCUGUCUGGAAGGAUGACCUCACCAGACAUGCUGUUGAUGUUGUGGUGAAUGCAGCCAACGAAGACCUUAUUCAUGCGGGAGGCCUGGCCCAGGCCCUGGUGAAAGCUGGCGGCUUUGAAAUCCAAGAGGAGAGCACAUCAUUGGUUUCCAGACACGGUAAAAUACCUGCUGGUCACAUAGGUGUCACAGGAGCAGGGAGGCUUCCCUGCAAAUUCAUUAUCCAUGCUGUUGGGCCUCAGUGGCAGGCAAAGGAUGGACAGGGGUGUAUGGAAAAGCUGCAAAGAGCCAUUAUAAAUAUUCUGAAUCACGUCACCUAUAUCGAUCCAUACACUGAGACAAUAGCAAUUCCAGCCCUGAGCUCUGGGAUUUUCCAGUUCCCUCUGGAUUUGUGUACAAACAUCAUUGUGGACACUAUCAAGCAUUAUUUCCAAGGGAAGCAAGCAGCCAGUUAUUUGAAAGAAAUCCACCUGGUAAGCAAUGAGGACCCUACUGUUGCUGCCUUUAAAACUGCCUCAGAAGCCAUCCUAGGGAGGAACGAGCUGGACUCCUCGGUGAGUCAGGUAGCCACUCCUCCUUCCAGUAUGAUGGUUGUGAACAACCUGACUCUCCAGAUUGUCCUGGGCCACAUUGAACUGCAGCAGACGGAUGUAAUUGUUAAUUCUGUAAAUCCACUUGAAGGGCUUCGCAGAGGACUAGUGUCGAAGUCAAUUCUACAACACGCUGGAAAAGAAAUGGAACAGGAAUUUAACAAUAAAAAGACUAAGAUACGUUCAGAUUCCCAGUUGGUACUGGUCACAAAAGGAUUUAAAUUGUCCUGUCAAUGUGUAUACCACGUGUUGUGGUAUUCAGGAUGUCCUAAACCAAAUCUGACAUUGAAAAAUGCAAUAAAGCAGUGUUUGGAAAAAUGCCUUGAGCUAAGUGUAACUUCCAUUUCCUUUCCUGCCCUUGGGACUGGAAACAUUGGUAUGCAGAAGAGUACAGCAGCAGAGAUUAUGUUUGAUGAAGUUUUAACAUUUGCCAAACAGCAUUUGAAAAGACAAUUAAUUGUAAAGUUUGUGAUCUUUCCAAGAGAACUGGAGACAUAUAAGAUUUUCUGGGCUGAAAUGGCAAAGAAUAUGUCCAAGCUGCAGGGUCUCAACAAUUACAGUGUCUCUCAGUGGACCGGAGGGGAGAAACGAGAAAAUGGGCUCAAAGCUAAAUCUCCUGCCAUCAUUCUGAUGGGACCCAACCCAGAAAAGAUGACUGAGGCCCAAGCUUGGAUCCAAAGGCUACUCACUCUCCAGGACCACAUCAUUGAGAAUAAUCAUAUCCUCUACCUUGGGAAAAAGGAACAUGACAUUUUGUCUCAGCUUCAGGAAACCUCAAGGGUCUCUAUCUCGGAAAUUAUCAGUCCUGGAAAGGCAAGUUUAGAGAUUAAAGGAGCCCAGGCUGACCUUAUUGAGGUGGUUAUGAACAUUGAACGUAUACUUUGUAAAGUUCAAGAGGAAAUGGCAAGAAAAAAGGAGCGAGACCUUUGGAGCUUGUCUGGACAAUGGACUGAUCAGCAACCAAAAAACUGGGAUGAAAUGAAAGAAAUUACAUUUCAGAAACAUGUAGUGCUUUCAGCUGAAGAAAUUCAGGAUCAAAAGAAACGGUUUGAAAACUGUGGUUUGCGAGUUAUAAAGGUGGAGAAGAUAGAUAAUGUGGUUCUCAUGGCUGCCUUCCAAAGAAAGAAGAAAAUGAUGGAAGAGAGAAAGAAUAGGGCACCUGUGAGCCAGAGGCUGUUUCAGCAAGUCCCACACCAGUUCUGUGAAGUGGUUUGCAGAGUUGGCUUUCAAAGAAUGUACUCGGUGCCCCACGGUUUUGUUGCUGAUGGGUUUUAUGUUGAAAGUGCUACCAGUAAGAUCUACAGUUUGCUACUUUUCUUCUUUCUGUGUUUAUGUGUCUUAUCUGCAGGGAGCACUCAGGAUCGCGCUUUUUUUUCCUUAUCUCCACAAAAUUAUUAACACUACCAAACCAUCCUCAUCCCUUAAUUAAAAGGGCAUUUUCCUGAAGUUAAUAAAGUUGGUCUUUCCUCUUCCAUCUUCUUCAUUUCCUGUAGCCUGCUAGUGAGUGAAUGAGUUAGAUAUCAUCUGGCAGGUGAAUAACACCUGAAGAUCCUUCUCAGCUAUGGGAGUUCUACGUGUAGCUUCCAUGUCUCUUUUCAGCUGUACAAAAAUACUGCCUACUUAAUUGCUAUAUUGUCCCCUUUAGAUCCC